CAAAACAAUAUAUAUAUUACACAUGUGUUGCCAUAGUAUUUAUUUAACCAAAACUUUGAAUAAAUUAUAUGAAAUUAAAAAUGGAUAAAAAUAAUUACAAUGAAUUAGAUGUAAAAUUAUUGAAUAAAUAUUACCAAAAUAUAAAACAAUUACAAAAAUCACAGAAGAUUAAUUGUGACAAUGAAUUAAAUGAACAAAGCGUCAAUAAAUCAGAUCAAAUAAAUAAAUUGAUUGAAGAGUCGAUACAUAAAAUUGAGGAGAUUAAAAAUAAUCAAGAUAUGGAUGAUAAAAAUAUAAAAAGAUUACUGGGGAUGAAGACGACGCUGCUGUACGAACGGUCAAAACUGUUGACAAGCUUAAAUAGACAAGAUGAAGCCGAAAAACUUUUGGCCAAAUGUCUUGAUGAUAUUAAUGAAUUUAUAAGCUCCCGUGAAUUAAUAUACUUGGCACUGAGAAUAAUUAAUAAUUAUGGUUAUCUUCUUUCAAAGCGGGAAGACUACGAAACUGCGAGAAAAGUUUUGGAAUCCGGUAAAACUGUUUACGAAGCUAAAAAAGAUGAAGGAUUUUGCAGCAGUGACGAUCUGUUUUCUCCCAAUCUUUCGACGUCGUUUUCUAGCAAAUUGGAACAUCUUGCGACAAAUAAUUUGCAAAUGCUGGCUUUUGUUUACAGCAAACUAGAACUACACGAUAAGUUCGCUGAGUACCACCAUCAAGUCCUGGAUCGUCAGUUGGAGAUCAAUGAUGAUCCACUGGGUUGGUCAAUCAAAUCAACUACUUUGGCUGCUUAUCUGUCUUCGAACCAUAGAUUUCAGGAAGCGAAAAAUCAUUUAGAGGUCGCGGAGUUUGUUCUGAAAAAGCAUGAGAACGAAUUGAAGGCCUUGGAAUCAUCAAUAGAAAUCACAGAAAAAUUACAGAGUAUCCAAGAAAAAUUCAUAAUGAUCGCCAGAGCUUGGGUGAAGUACAGUCUGAAUUUAUUCAAUGCAUCGAUAACUAAAAUCGUAGAGCAUUUAUCUCAUGAUUUGUCACCAAAUGACGCGCAGGAACGAGUUUGGCUCUCGCCAUUUCAACGCAAUGUCAAUGUAAUUAAGGAAUCAGUUGAAGAAAACUCGAACACGAGUGAACAUGAUGAGUCAAGUAAUAAAUUAAGUGACAAUGCUGAUAAUGAUGACAGAAGAUUGCUGUUUAAAUUAAAUACUGAUACUAAUUGUCAAGUAUCAACGGCAUUGAUAGAAAAUACGAGUGAAGCCAGAGCACUCUUUAAUUUCGCUCAUAAUUACCUGACCAAAAUACGAUUAUUUUAUACCCUUGAAGAUCAUGCUAUGGAUUAUAUCAACGCUAUUCUUGAUCUGAGUGAACUGUAUCGAUGCCUGGCCUUCUAUGAAGAAGACAUAGACAGCCAGUACUCUGUUCAGAAACUCCGAGCAGAUGCCGUAGAAACACUGAGUACUAUUUUACGACAGGUCAGACCCGAGUGUUAUAUUGCUGUGUCAAUAGAACUUCUUCAGGAGUUAGCAGAGAUCCAGCUGGAGUUACUGGGUUUGAACUUUAGAAGAAUAUACGCUGCGCGAGAUGCUGAAGAUAUUAAUCAGGAUCGUAAAAUUCAAACGAUCAAGUAUUUACAUAAUAAAAUACAAAAGUUUAAAAAUAAUUAUAAAGAUAAAUAAAUUAUUUAUUAUUAGGCCAGAAAUAAACGUGAAGAAAACUUUUGUCUUAAAAAUUGACUUAAUACCAGAAAUUUAAUUUUACCUAAUUAUUAAAGUAAUUAAUAAAUUUUACUCUAGUCCACCUACGACAGCAGCAUCAUCAUCAGUAGAAAAAAUUCUUGGGACAGCUAAGAUGAUUAACUGAACAGAAUUUAAAGCCGAAGUUGAACACGUGACGAAUGAAACUCUAGAUCAAGAUAAUUUAAUGCAAUAAAAAACGGAAUU